AUGGCAGAUGACAAAGCCAAAAAAAACGUCAGACAGUACAUGAUAGUAAUCCUGGGAGACGGUGGAGUGGGCAAGACCUGCCUCACCACACGAAUGACUCUCAACCACUUUGUCGACCAGUAUGACCCUACUCUCGAGGAUACUAAUCGAAAGCAAUUGGUACUAGAUGGACAAACCUGUCUGCUCGACAUUCUAGACGUGCCAGGGCAGCAAGAGUACCGGGCUUUGGAAGAGCAGUACGUCGAAUCGGGCGAAUGCUUUGUGGUGGCAUACAGCAUCACAUCCCGGCCAUCAUUCGAUCGGAUUCGAUACUAUCACGAAGAGAUCACGCAGGUCGGAUAG